UUCCCUCAAAAAUGCCCAGCCCACCUAUCUAACCUACCCAAACCCCUUACCCUUUAAUAAAAACCUAGACCUAAGAAAAUAAGAUCAGAUUUUAGACCUACAACCUAGAGCUAACUCCUAAGACCCUUAGACCAAAAAUCCGUUGUUUCCCUCACAACAAACGACCUUGAACCACCCUUCUUCAAACCCAUCAAUGGCUGUUUAAGAUCAGCGACCACACACAGACCUAAUCAGAUGAGAACGACCCUCUUCUGUUGAACAAGAAAUGGUGCACCCACCUCCCUUUUCCUAAGCUUCAGCGAGAUUUACCCCAAAAAAGGGAUCUCUCGUCUCUCACACACAAGAACAAAACCAGCAGACCUUCUCCUCUCCAAAGGAUUCCAGCCAUAAACAUUUCUCCCUCAUACACUCACCACCCGAAAGGCACUCAAAAUUAGCUAAAAACAAAUUCUGGAAUUGAAAUUGGAUUCCAGAUCCGAGGAAUUCCAAAAAAAAUGGGCAAAGGUCUCAAAUUAGGAAGAGAAAGCUAGAAUUUGAAAAGCAAGCUUGAAAUUCCUCUUGUUUUGGUGUUAACUCUUGGUUUGCUUAAGAGUUUUGCUGCUGUUUCUUUCUGCUGUGGAUCUGAACUUCAUCUUCUACCCUCCGACCUUUAUUUGGUCAGCUUUUCCUAUUGCGUUUUUUGCUGCUAGAGGUCUAAUCCAAUAUGAACACCUCCCGAUGGUCGACAGAAAUGGGCUGCCAAUCCUAGCCAACAAGCACAACAAGCAAAAAGGCAGCAAUCUCAGGCACUCCACAUUACUACUGAGAGAUCCUCCCAGUCUGAUGAGGAGGAGUCAUAGAGUGACCUCAGAGCUCCAGUUGAUCUACAGGCUGAGGCACGCAGGAAGCUGGGGGGGACCUUAACCUCCAGUUUGCGGUCAAGGGCUCCAUAGAUUUGUACAAAGCAGCACUCUCAAAGAGGAACAUUCUGGAGGAAAAGCAACUGAGCUUGAAUGGGAUAUCGGAGCACUACCCUCACAUCCUUGAAAACAUCAAACAGAGGAAGUGAGAGUUGUUCACUGAGGUCCUGGAUGACUACAACGAGACAAUUGUGAGGGAGUUUUAUGCUUCCUACGGUGCCUCGAGGACUCCUUCACAGAAGCGCAACAGGAUCUUUUCCAAGUAUGUCCGAGAAUGAACAGUUUUUCAAGGAUUGGUGACCAGGCACAGCUGAAUAUAAUGCCAAGGUAGCCAAUAAGCACAAUGAGCAUUCCUCGGUUGUCCUCAGUAAUAGCAAAGGGGACACUAGCCUGGAUUGACCCGCAACACAAAAUUUUCAAGGAGGAUCUUACAAGGGAGGGACGCUACUGGCUUAGCUUUGUUACAUCCCGUUUGAUGCUGUCCCGAAAUGAAACCGACAUAAACAUUGAGAAAUAAAUUCUCAUUCCGUGCAUUAUGACAGGGAUUAAGAUUUAUGUGGGGAAGAUAAUAUUCCAAAAGAUAGGAAUCAUAGCCAAUCAGAAACAAACAUCACUUUUGUUCCCCUGCCUGAUCACUACUCUUUGCCAAGCUGCAAAGGUGCAUGUCCUGCCUGGGCACAACAAAAUGGAGAAUGAUACCAAAGACAUUGACAUCAUGAGAAUCAGUGACGCAGUAGCAAAGGAAACUGCAACUCAGCCUGAGACUCUCAUUCCUCCUCCAGCAGAUACAGCAGUAUCAGAGGGUCCAGGACUGCCAGACACCUCUCAGGCCCUAGCUACCUCCAUAGCUACUCCACAGCCCUCUGCUGCACAGUCUCAGGUUCCAUUACCAGUGUCACACCUCCUUUUGUCCUACACUCUGCAAAGGGCGUAAAGGGAGUUUUUCCAAUUAAAGGACAAUCGA